GGCCGAGGAGGCGGCGGCGGCGGCUGGGGCGGGGGCUGGCGCUGGGGCUGAGGCUGGAUCGGGCCCCGGCGGGCGGCGGCGGCGGCGGUGGCGGCGGCGGCUGAGACGGAGGGGAGCGGCGGCUGAGGCGGCCGAGGAGGAUCGGGCGGCGGAAGAUGGCGGCGCCCGUGCUGCGGGUGUCGGUGCCGCGCUGGGAGCGGGCGGCCCGGUGCGCCGUGUGCGCCGCCGGCAUCCUGCUCUCCCUGUACGCCUACCACGUGGAGCGCGAGAAGGAGCAGGACCCCAAGGCGCAGGCCCUGUGCGACUUGGGGGCCUGGGUGCGCUGCUCCGCCGCUCUCUUGUCCAGAUGGGGUCAAGGAUUUGGUCUUUUGGGGUCCAUCUUUGGAAAGGACAGUGCAAUAAACCAGCCAAACAGUGUUUUUGGACUUACAUUUUAUAUACUACAGCUGUUACUUGGCAUGACGGCCAGUGCAGUGGCAGCUUUAAUCCUCAUGACAUCCUCCAUAGUGUCUGUGUUAGGGUCCCUAUACCUGGCCUACAUUCUGUACUUUGUGCUGAAGGAAAUUUGCAUUCUCUCUUUUGUCACAUACCUGCUGAACUUCAUUCUCCUUAUCGUCAACUACAAACGACUCGUUUACUUGAACGAAGCCUGGAAACGGCAGCUGCAUGUGAAACAGCACUGACCCAGCCUGGCGAGCUCUGAACGGACUGUCUGGAGACCCUUUGUCCAUUCAGUUUAUUUUGCAGUCAUUUUUUUUUAUUCUUCACAUCAGACACUUUCCCUAAGAAUCUUCAACUGAUUUUUAAAAAAUCCUGUCAAUUAGAAGGGGCCCUAUCUAUUUUCUGUGUCAAUCUUCCGUUUAAAUAUGGAAACAAAAGAGGAUACUCCGAGCCAAUCAAAGACAAGCUUUAACUUUCCUUUGAAGAUGUUUCUGAAAUAACAAAGUAUAGUUUUUUCCCCCCAAUCCCCUAUUGUCAAGUGAAGCAACAGUUGCUAGUAAUUCUCUUACAUGUAUAAAUUCAGUUUCAGGUAUUAAAAAUGUGAUCAUGACAUGAAAAUAUUUUAGAAUAGAGAUACUGUAUUAAAUAUUGCCAUGUUUACAGUAUGUAAUACAUUUUUAGCCGAUGGAUUGAAACAUGUAGAUUCAACUAGAAUCCAUUUAUGUGAUAUUGUCAAUAAAGGUAGAAAUAUUGGAUCCAUCCCUGCAGAGCUCACUCUACAGUUUAGUUUAAAGUGUAGCAAUGAAGAAUUUUCAGCUCAUAGUUGACUAACGAAAUAGUGGAAGGAGUCAGGAAGCCCAGCCACGUAGGUAGCAUCUCAACAAAAGCACUAGUAGCUGUGGCUGCAGGGUGAAUUAGCCAGCAUAUGGACCCUAGGGGUGUUGGGCCCCUUCCCUGCACCUCUUCUUUAAGGAAGAAACUGAAGUUGAAAGAAAGCCCCAUUCAAGCUUGUACGAAGUCAUGAAAUGGGACCGAUUGUUACCUACACAGGAUGAGUGACAGAACUUGGCCACAAGGAAGGUGUCUCUGGGACAUGAAGGAUGAUGGCAAGGGGAGUGGGGCAGCAGGGCUCCUUUAAGAAAGGUCGAAGGUAUUAACUUCUUAGGGGUCCUUAGGGGCUUUGUUUCUCCCAAAGGUUGAGUUUUCCUGCAGACAUUUUUCAUUUGAUUUGGUGCCAGACAGCCAAGCAGUGUUAUGACUCACUGGUGACAGGUAUAUGGGUAAGCCCAAGGACUGCAGAGGAGAAUGACAGAGGAGAAGCUCAUGUGGCUUCAGAGUGAUUUCCUGAGUGGCUGAGUUCUGCACUAACUAAAGAGCCCCAGAGUUGAUCUGGUUUAGAAUCUCAGAUUUGUGCUAUAUUUAGAAGUGAACUUUGGGCCCGACACCCUGCACUUCACAGGAGACUCAGUCUACUUAGUAGGGGAAAGAAAGUUCUGUAGGUAAUGAAGGGAGGGAGGCUUCAGAAGUGCUGGCAUGGCUCUAGGAGCCAUGAAAAGUGCAGGGUGAAGAAGUUUUUAAAAAGCUGAUUUGAAUAAAUCCAAUGGAAAUUGUGACAGUGUGUUUCUAUGGUCAACAUCCUAAAACAAUAUUAAAAGUGCCUUCUGUCUUCAAUCCUUAAACCAAAUAUUUUGUGUGUUGAACUCGGCAGGCAGAAGUGUCCUUGCUUCCCCCUCCCCCCCACCCCCAUGAAUGGAUUAGAAAAACUCGGAAGUAUGUAGAGAAGCAUUCCAGGUGGUCAUUCUGGUCCUUAGGCUGAAUGGUAGCAAUAGCAUUGGUUCUAGUUCCAUUAGCCAUCACGUCCAAGUGGAGCUGACCAGCCUUGGGGAAUUAAUGCAUGAUGACUUGAUUUGCUCUCUCAGUGAAGGGAGGGCAGACAGCAGGCUUAGGAAGCCAAAAUCUGGAGAGUCAGCAACAAUGUGGUUGGUUGGCUUUUUGUGUGUUUGUUUUCAACUAAAAUCUCAAAGUUCAUAAAAACCUAUAGCGUUUUCUUCCCUACAAGCAGAUAUAUUAGGGAUCUGGAUGGUAUACUCUAAAUUACUAACCAUUUUAUUUUAAAGUGGCCCUAAUCCAGUUGAAACAGAAACUUCCUUUUCCUGUGAAUGUGAAUGUUGAAAGAACAAGUAUCAUAUAUAAGUUUCUUGUACUCUAAUGGUUUAAGAACACUAGAAGACAACGAUGCUUGAAUGUCAACGAUAUUUUUUUGGGAGGAGAGUAUUGAUCAAUUUGUGGGAAAUCGUUCCAGUUUACUAAGGCAAUUCAUUAGUUCUCUUAUCUGAGAUUUGGGCGAUGGUCUAAUGCUUGAGAGUGCUGCGGUGAAAGUGGCAUCACUUAGGAAGCAUUCUGAAGGUUCUUGUCCCAACUUUUUCCAUCUCCUUUUGUAUGAACCAACAGCAUACAGUUCAAGCUUGUCUUGAUUUUAGUUCUCUCUCAGACACCUUGAACUUUGCCAAGAGGACGUGAGUCUAACAUCAACUGGGACCCUUACGGCUUUCCUUUCUUCUCAUAAGCCUUAGGGGCAACACCACUGGUUAAUAUGUUGUAUAGAAGUUAUUUUGAUACAUUCCUGUGACUAGUAGACUUAAUGUACUUUUUUUCUCCACAAAAGAGAUGAAUAUGUGCUGCCUGGUGUGUGAGCUUAGCCUUCAUUGUAACUGUCCUCAUAAACACCUAUACUCAGAGUAAGAAUCUUGAUUUUGUGAUUUUUAUUUUUUGCCCUCAGUUGCCUGCCCUACACACUGCUCCCCCAAAGGCCGCUGUAUUUGUCAAAUUUAAAUGUUGCUGUAGACUGAAAAAGCAUUUUGGAUUCGGUAUAAUGUUUUAGCCUGCUAACUCAUUUUGCCAACAGCUUUGAAGAAUGGGUUAGGGAAAAGAUAAUUUUAAAAACUUUCUUAGUUUUUUUUUUUUAGCAAGAUCUUUUAUAGUUCUUUAUUGGUGAAUUGACUCAGAACAAAUGAAGUUCUCUUACACACUUUUUGUAAGUCUUGAAUGUAAUUUGAUGAAAUGAUAAAACCAAGUUGAGGUUGGAUUACAAAUUCUAGGGGGGCUGGGGGAGGUUUGGGAUUAUUUUGUUUUCCUUUCUGUUUGUGUCAUCUGAUGUCGUCUGGGGUGAAAACCUUUUCUCUUCUGGUGAAAUAGCUCAGGGUUAACCAGUUGUGUGCCAGGAAUUGUACUUGUAUUUCAUGCAACUUCUCAUUAAAUCCGUUAUUACUAAGAGUCCCAAAGUGUGUGGACUUGACUAUUUUCAGACAGAAGAGCAAAAAAUUAAUCAAAAAUCAGCUGCCAGAAAUCUUUGGAUUUCAUGGGCCACAGGCACAUAGGAGAAGGCAGAGAGGUGGGAAAUGAUGAAGACUAUACCCUGACCAUCUUCAUCUCUUGUGGCUUUCUGUUUCACAUGGAUGAGCAACAACAAAAAGCUUCAAGAGUGUCUUCAGUUCUUUUAGAAUCUUGAAUUUGUUCUUUGAGCUUGUGGUGGAAUAGGAAGGGUUUGGGGGAAAUUUCCAGACUGACAGUUACUGUUGGCUGGACAAGUUCCAGCUGAAGAUCAGUGUUAGACUAAUCCCGACAGAUUUGAAAGGAACAGACACUCUCCCUCCUUCCACCUUCGAUGCCUCUUUAAGGGAUCUACUCACACCUGGAAGAGGCAACAUAAAGAUGGACCUCUACUGACCGUCAGAAUUGUCCCAUUUGAUGCUUCAGCCAACCAUGGGGGCUUUGAACUUCAAUAAAUCGUCUGAUAAUACUUGACUCUGAUUUGGCCAACCUUGUUUAAUUACACACGAUCCUGACACAUUAGUCCAGAGAAGGCGAAAAGUUCCGUUUCUAUAAAACAGGCUUAAAGCAUGGCCUCUCAAUAUUAGGCAUGGGUUGAUUUGUAUAGUGUGUUCCAUCUGAAAUAUUUAUUACUAGUGCUUUAUUCUCCAAAGUAAACAUUCAAAGUGGAGUCACUGGGCAGAUAUUCCUUUGAGCAACAUUGAUUUCUAAUAUUCCAAGAAAAGAGAUUUGGGACACAAUUUUUCUAACUGGUAGAAAAAAAACAGCAACCCUGUAAAUAUGUAAGAAUGUUUAUUUGUUGCACAGAACUUUUUGGUAUAAAAUAAAUGUAGACAUUUCCUGUGGAA